AUGGCUCCCAGCGCGCAGCUCAAAGAGGCGAUGGCCGAUGUACACGACGGCAUCCGAGCCAUCCUGCUCGGGCCGCCCGGUGCUGGGAAGGGGACUCAGGCCCAUCGACUCGCCGAGCGCUAUUGUGUGUGUCACCUAUCCACAGGAGACAUGCUGAGGGCCAUGGUGGCGUCGGGUUCGGAGCUUGGCAAGAAGCUCAAGCAGACGAUGGACGCCGGAAAGUUGGUAAGUGAUGAGAUGGUGGUGGAGCUCAUCGAGAAUAACCUGGAUACACCGCCUUGUAGGAAAGGUUUCUUAUUGGAUGGAUUCCCCCGGACUGUCAAACAAGCUGAGUUGCUCGACGAGCUGCUUGACAAGCGACGCGAGCAGCUGGAUUCGGUCGUCGAGUUUGCUGUCGACGAUUCCUUGCUGGUACGCAGGAUUUGCGGCAGACUAUUUCAUCAGCCCAGCGGCCGCUCCUACCAUGAGGAGUUCAACCCACCCAAAGAGGCGAUGAAAGAUGACGUGACCGGCGAGCCCUUGAUCCGCCGCAGUGAUGACAACGAGACGGCGCUGCGCACUCGCUUGGACGCGUACCACCGCCAGACGGCACCUCUGGUCCAAUACUACAGCGCCAAGGGUCUCCACGCCGCCGUGGACGCCAGCAAGACCCCCGAUGUGGUCUUCGCAUCCAUCAUGGCCGUGUUCACCACCGCCCAAGCUUCCCUGACCCGCGCCGCUGCCUGUAAAGUCUCCUCUUCUUAA